AUGCCAUCCGCUCAAUCCAAGGCUAGAGAGCCUACCCGAGAUGAGCUCCACGACAGCCUUGAGCGCAUGACUUAUGAGCGUGACCUCCUCCGAGAGCAGCUCACGCUCCUGGAGAAGGCAGCUCACGAGCGGCAGAUCCGCGACAGCAAGAACCUCGAGUGGACCCAGAACCACCGCGACAGCCUCUUGACCGGCUUCCAGCGAGUGAAAGCUGAAAACGAGACUCUCACGCGCGCCGCGGGCGUCGCUGCCCGGAACAACGAGCAGCUGAGGGCCAAGCUCCACGAGGAGGAGGGUCGCCACCCCGCCCGCUGCGACAAGGUCAAGGAAGGCAUGUGGAACGACAACUGGAGGCUGCAAAGCACAGUGUACAACCUCUCGGACAAGAACGAUGACCUGCAGAAGCUCUUGGCCAAUCUCGAGACCAAGAACAAGCAGCUGGAGAAGCGCGCCUCCCGCCUCGCCGGCGAGAGGGACGACCUCACCCGCAAGGUCGAUGACCUCAGCCACGAGCUCCAGGAGGCCAGCCGUGGCUACUAUGUCGAGGUCGCCGAGCUCCAGCGUGGAGGCUGGCCAUUCGACGACCUCGUCAACGAGAACAACAAGCUCCGUGAUCUGUUGAAGGUCGAGGAGAAGGCUCACAAGAAGACCAAGGCGGAGGUCAACGAGCUCAAGAAUGUUCGCAUCAAGAAACUUGAGGAGCGAAUCAAUGAGGUCCAGCAGAUUAGGGACUACCUUCAGGACGAACUGGAAGAUUCGCAGAAGGACCGUCGCUACCUCAUCCACGAGAUAAAGCGUAUGGAGAUUGGUAGAAUUCUGCAUUUUUGA